AUGCAUAUCAAGUCGUACGUAGCAGCUACCAUCUAUGGGCUGCCUGUCAUGGCACAGGCUGCUCCAUCCCCUUCAUCCUCAGACACGUCGACUUCCUCAGUCUCAAGCGAUAGUCCCUUCAGGGAAUACACAAUUCAGGCAGGUAAUAUCACCGCCAAGCUCAUUCCUCACGGAGCGCGUCUUACCUCCCUCUUGGUCCCGGAUCGCAAUGGCGAUGUCCAAGAUGUCAUCGUUGGUUAUGACGACCCCAAGGAAUACCUUCACGACAGCGAGACUAACCGCACCUUCUUCGGUGCGACUGUGGGCCGCUAUGCCAACCGAAUCAAAAACGGGACUUUCUCUAUCGAUGGAACGUCUUACCACAUUCCGGAAAAUGAACACGGUGGCCUUGAUGUCCUUCACGGUGGCCCCGUAGGCUAUGAUAUGCGCAAUUGGACCGUCACUGCGAAUUCUUCAUCCUCCGUUACUUUCACUUUACUGGAUGAAGGCUUUGAGAACUUUCCUGGCGAUGUUCUCUCUCAUGCCACGUUCAGUGUCUCCACUGAAAAGACAUCUGAAAACCCUAAGGGUCUACCCCAGCUGACUACCAAGCUUGUAUCGCUGGCUUUGACCCAAAAAACUCCUAUCAUGCUUGCCAAUCAUAUCUACUGGAACUUAAACGCAUUUAAGGAGCCCAAUAUCUUGAACAAUACCUGGUUGCAAUUGCCCCUUUCAAAGCGAUUCCUAACCGGAGAUACCCUCGAGGUCCCGACUGGCCAAAUUCAGGACGUUAAUUCAGCUUAUGAUGGUGCGCUGGACUUCACUGCAUCCAAGCUGAUUGGCAAGGACAUUGGGAAGACUUCUGGUCUGUGUGGUGCGGAUUGCACUGGCUAUGAUACCUGCUGGCUUGUAGACCGCCCGGCUUCAUAUGCAGCUUCCAACUCGAUCGUUCCCUCCUUGCACCUGGCCUCUAAUACCACCGGCAUCACCUUAGAUGUUGCCACUAACCAAGCAGCCCUGCAGAUCUACACAUGUGGUGGUCAGAACGGCACUAUUGCAACCAAGGAGUCACAGGCCAAGCGCAACUUAGCUCAAGAUGGCAGCUCCGGUGCGACUCACGUGAACAAAUAUGGCUGCAUCGUCAUUGAAACCGAGGACUGGAUUGAUGGUAUCAAUCAGCCCCAGUGGGGCCGAUCGGAUUACCAGAUUUUUGGUCCCGACGAUGGUCCUGCUUUUAACUGGGCCACCUACCAGUUCGGAACUUUCUAA